AAAUUUAUAAUGUGACAGCUGUCAAUGAUAUGGAGCAUUUGGUACAAAAUAAUAUGAGAUUUAGAAUAUUAAUUUCUUCAUUAUUUUAUUGAAGUCAGUGGUUGAUUUUAGUGCAAAUUGUUUAAAAAAGUACUCCACAAUGAAGAAAAAGGUGUUACUCAUGGGCAAAAGUGGAUCUGGGAAAACUAGUAUGAGAUCUAUCAUUUUUGCAAAUUAUAUUGCUCGAGAUACAAGGAGAUUGGGAGCUACAAUUGAUGUUGAACAUUCCCAUGUGAGAUUCCUUGGAAACUUGGUCCUUAACCUCUGGGAUUGUGGAGGUCAAGAAGCCUUUAUGGAAAAUUACUUUGCUUCUCAAAGAGAUAACAUAUUUCGAAAUGUUGAAGUUCUUAUUUAUGUGUUUGAUGUAGAAAGUAGAGAACUUGAAAGGGAUAUGCAUUACUAUCAGUCAUGUUUAGAGGCAAUAAUACAAAAUUCCCCAGAAGCUAAGAUAUUUUGUCUUAUUCACAAAAUGGACUUAGUAGCUGAAGAUCAGAGGGAUAUAAUUUUUAAAGAAAGAGAGUCAGAUUUAAAGCGUUUAUCUAUGCCAUUAGAUUGUACUUGCUUUCGAACUUCUAUUUGGGAUGAAACAUUGUAUAGGGCUUGGUCUAGUAUAGUUUAUAUGUUAAUACCUAAUGUAAAAGAGUUAGAAAAUAGCCUGCACCUUUUCGCCAAUAUUGUAGAUGCUGAUGAAGUGCUGCUUUUCGAGAAAGCUACCUUCCUAGUAAUUUCACAUUGUCAGAGAAAACAACACAGAGAUGUGCACAGGUUUGAGAAAGUUUCUAAUAUUAUAAAACAGUUUAAGCUAUCAUGUUCCAAGUUGGCUGCACAAUUUCAGAGCAUGGAAGUAAGGAACUCUGCAUUUGCCGCUUAUAUUGAUAUGUUUACUAGUAAUACUUAUGUUAUGGUUUGUAUGUCUGAUCCUCAGAUUCCUUCAGAAGUGACACUGAUUAAUAUUAGGAAUGCUCGGAAACACUUUGAAAAGCUGGAAAAAGUCUCCAGUUCAGCUUCAACUAUAGCCAGAUAAAUUUUGUUUGAAAACAGAAAAUAUGGGUCAGAUACACACCUACAUACAUGAAAUGUUAUUGCCUUGAUAUUACAGUGAUUACUAAAAACUAUAAUAUACAGUUGGAAAAAUGAAAGAAUAUCCAUGAAUGAUCACAUCAAUCACUUAUUUUGUAUUUGCUGUCUUUUUCUAUAAAUUAUAGAAAAAGAUCAUCUAUAAUUUAUAGAAAAAGACAGCAAAUACAAAAUAAGUGAUUGAUGUGAUUGUUCAUGGGUAUUCUUUCAUUUUUCCAGCUUUAUACAACCAAAUAUAUGAAAUCAUCUGAUAUUUCUUAUUAUGUCAAGUGAAUUUAAAAAAAUCAACAUAUGAAACUAGUUGUUUUGAAGAUCAACAAUCAUAAAAAAUUUCAAUGUAAAAUGAAUGUUUAAAUUGUUUUCACCCCCCAGUCCUUAUACAAGCUUCAAUUUGUGUGCACAUGCUCCUAAUCGAAUCCAGUACAUUGUUUUGUGGAUUAUCCCGGGGUGCACUAAUUUUUCUAUUAAGCCUAUCCCACAAAAAAUGCUCUAUAGGGUUAAGGUCAGGUCAGCGAACAGGCCACUCCAGAAUAGUUAUGUCUUUCGCUUCAAGGAAGUCUGUAGUUACUCUGCUGGUAUGUGGAGGUGCAUUGUCAUGGAUGAAAAUUAAAUUUUCUCCCAUUGCACCUCUCCAGAGCCUAACUAUAUGUAGGUUCUAAAAACGCAUCAACAUACAAACUGUUAAGAAAAUUAAAGGAGUUUUUUUACCAAUUAUAAUUCCUCUCCAGAACAUGACACUUCUUCCUUAUAUCUGUGAACAGAUCUGACAGUUUCUGUUCUUGCUUGUCUUCCUCGUCCUCUAUGUACACGAACUCAUUUGUCAUCUGAUUUUACACAAAUCCUGGCUGUGUCUGAAAUUAGCACAUUUAACCAAUUUUAGUUUAGUUUUGAUGUUGAAAACACCAAUUUAUGCAAUCAAUCUUGUGCUGCCUGGAUAACUCAGGAACCCGUAACUCUCCUGCUGUAUACUCCUUGGGCAAAAACUCUUUUUCUUAUCAUUUCAACUGAAACACACCAGUAGCUUCCAAAAGCUGCCUUUGGAUCUGCAGGUGAGACAUUUUUGGAUCUCUUCUAGCUGCUUGGACAAUGAAAUGAUUGUGGUGAGCUUUUGUUACUUUUUUGUGGCUUUGGCUCUAUUUUUAAGCUUUCCUAAUUUCUGAUACCAAACAUCCUGUGUUAUGCCUACCACUGCAGCUAUGUCUCUCUGAGACAUUACUUGCUCCACAAGACCAAUAAUAUUUCACCUUUGCAUGUCCGAUAACCCCAUAUAAGGCAUAUUUUCGUUUUUGAACGUAAAAGUUAGUUUAUUUAUUUUAGUUCAAUUUACAACUAAAACAAAAAAUAAUCUAUAAUAUACCGAGCUGUGCUAUCUGAUUAUCUUAUCAUUUGUUUAUUUUUAAUAUGGUGAUUCCUUAUAUGUUUGGUUGUAUAUAAAUAUAUAUAUUUAUAUGUAUAAAAAUGUAAUAGGCACUAUAUUUGUAUAGCAUUAUCAGUGAUUGAAAAUGAAUAUUUUUGACUUACAUGGAUUACUUACACUCUGUACAGUUGAAACUGUGGAUUUUUAUGGAUUAAAUAAGUCAAGAUAGAAUGUCAUCUGUGUAGAUGAUGUUCUAUCUCGACUUAUUUCAUCAGUAAAGAUUAGUAAUAGAGACCAAAAUUAUAAUUAACAGAUUGUAGUUAAAUAUUAUUUUAUAUAGGACUUAACCACAAUUGAUUGUAAAAAGUUUUGAAAACUAUUUCCAAAUAGGAAAUCAAAAUGUCAAAAAAAUGCAAUUUUCAUCACAAUAAAUUGUUGUCAAAUCCCAUAUAAACUAAACGUGCCACAAGAAAAACAUGCUAAAAUUGAAACAUGCCACAAGAAAAGUUUCAUAACUUUUCUAACAUAUUGCAAUUUUCAUUACAAUAAAUUGUGGUUUAAUCCCAUAUAAACUAAUAUUUAACUUAUAAUAUAUGCCACAAGAUAACAGUUUCAUAACUUUUCUAACAGAUUGUAAUUUUCUAUUAAUAUCCAAAAACCAAAACUACAAGUAAAAUGUUUGUCUUUACAAUGACGCAGUAAUUAGAGUAUUUUAUAUACAUACAUAAUCGUUCCUAUUCUACCGUUGGGUUUCAAGGAAGGUGUGUGUAGCUUUUGAUGAAUUUUCUCCAUUCUUUUAUGUUCUUAGCCAUUUGUGUUGCUUCUUGCAGAGAUUUGCCCUUAUUUUGUAAUAUCUCUGCUAUGUUGCUGUUCAACUCUUUUAUUGGUCUACCUCUGAUUUUCCCUAUUAGUUUAGCUGCUCACACUUUUUUCACUUGCCUGUUACUGCCCAUUCGUGUUAUGUGACUGAACCAUGCUAAUUUUUUUCUCCUUUAUUGUGCCAAGUAACAGUUUAGUUUGAAGUUUGUUUCUUAUUUCUUAAUUUAUCAGUCUGUCUGUCCUUUUGUGCCCCUAUCAUUCUUCUGAGGUAUUAUAUCUCUGCUGCUAAUAUCAUACUGGAUUUUGUUUAGAAUCCAGUUUUCUGGUCUCAUAUAUUGUCUCAUAUAUUAUCAUCUUCAUGUUCAUUGAUAUAUCUUUGUUGUCGAGGAAUCCUCUAUUUAGUGCCUGGAGUAGUUUUCCUGUACCCUCAGUUAUUUAUUACUCUUCCCAGGUAUUUGUAUAUGUUUGUUUGCUUUAUUUUUUAUUGAUCUAUUACCACUUCGAUUAGGUCAGACAUGUAUUUUUUUUCUGGUUAUUUGUCAUUUUCAUUAUCUGUACUUUCAUUAUCGGUAGGUUUUUCUGCUCUUUCAGCGAAUAAUAUCUUGUCAUCUGUAAAUACCCAUAUCUCUGCAUUUAUCAUUUGCAUUCUAUUCCAUCGUAUACAGUUUUUUUAAAAGCUUUUCUUACAUUUCUAUGAGGCCACAUUAGCGCGUCAUCAAUGUUAGUUCGGGAGAUAGUAUCACACCCUUUUUCGAAAGUUCUGCGAUACUUUGGCAGCAAUGCGCGGUAUUUGACACUAUCUAAGAUAAAGGCUCAAUAUUGUGACAAUAUACGCAUAGGCGCGCUAAAUGGAAGUAAUAUAAAACAGUUUUAUUAUUAGUAAAUAAAUAUUUAUAAAAAUAAACCAAAAUAAAAUAAACCGAGCCUACCUACCUAUGCAAUAUACCUACUCACAUUAGAAUUCGAAAUAUUUUUACGUAAAAUAUACUUACAUAUAAAACUCACAAUUAAUAAUAAUUUAUUUUUUCAAAUAGUCCGGCAACUUUCUAUUACACAAAAAUAUAAUAAAUUAAUUAUAAACCAACACUAUGGAUCAGCACUAAACGAAUUCCAAUAUCUUAAAAAAUAAUACACUACCGCACUGAAUAGAUAUGGAUAUGAUAUAGAUAACAGAACAGAUAAGAGAAUCAUACUAUUACAUGCCUAUUACAUCUAGAAAACCUUGUCAAAAUGACAGUGACUAUUUCUCUAUGUUGCCCAAUCAAUUAUUAGUUAUAAUAUUUUCGAUUUAUUGUUAUAGAUAAUCAAUUUUAGUAGUUCCAAUGUGACACAAAAUCUAGGCAUGGGCUAAAAAAGCUUAUUUGAAGAGUAUUUUUUUUGUUCUUCUUAAUGGCAAUACAGGCUCGUUUUUGUAAUAUUUUAUUUAAUUAUAGAGUAAUUUACACAUAGUAAAUAACAUAUUUACCGCCAUUCUUUACUAUAUCACGAAUAUGUUAGACGUAGAGGCAACGCUGAAAAAUCUCUUUGAAUUUACUAAAGCUAAAUUUUUCACAGUUGAUUACUGUGAUUGUGUAGAGAAACAUACUGCGGUGUGUCAAGCGAAACGUAGAACAGGGGUUACUGAGAGGGUAUCAAAGUUGCUUUCCUACGAAAUUAAUUAAAUCGAAUUACUGAAAAUCAGUACACACAUUCUAAAUUGAAUAUAAAUAAAAGUUAUUAUAGUCGGUCAGCUGUAUGACGGGACAGAGCCGGUCGUUCGGCCCCAAUGAAUGUACAGGGUUAUUCAUUAUAUUUUGACCCCCUUGUAAACUGCUUUAUUUAUUGAAUUAGAAAAAAAUGUAAAAUACAAAAGUUAUUCGAUUUGUUAAUUAUGAUUUUUUGACAUAUGUAUAUCGUACUAAUGACGUCACCCAUCUAUGCGUGAUGACGUAAUCGACUAUUUUUUUAAAUGAGAAUAGGGGUCGUGUGCUAUCUCAUUUGAAAGGUUAUUCAAUUCUCUAUACAGUACUAUAAACAUUAAGAUUAUUAUUUAUACAGGGUGUCCAAAAAAUUUUUUGAAUUAUUAAUUAAACAAUUAAUUUAAUUAAAAAUUUUUUUUUGGACACCCUGUAUAAUUAAUCAUGUUAAUGUUUAUAUUACUGAAUAGGGAAUUGAACAAUCUUUCAAAUGAGCUAGCACUCUACUCCUAUUCCCAUUUAAAAAAAUAGUCGAUUACGUCAUCACGCCCAAAUGGAUGACGUCACUAGUACGAUAUGUAUGUCAAAAAAUCAUAAUUUAAAAAUCGAAUAACUUUUGUGUUUUACAUUUUUUUCUAAUUCUGGAAAUAAAGCAGUUUACAAGGGGGUCAAAAUAUGGUGAAUAACCCUGUACAUUCACUGAGACCGACCGACCGGCUCUGUCCCGUCAUACAGCUGACCGACUAUAAUAACUUUUAUUUAUAUUUAAUUUAGAAUGUGUGUACUGGUUUUCAGCCUUAGUAAAUGGAUUUAAUUACCUUCGUAGGAAAACAACUUUAAUACCCUCUUAGUAACCCCUGUUCUACGUUUCGCUUGACCGGCCGCAGUAUGUUUUUCUACACAAUCACAGUAAUCAACUGUGAAAAUCUAGCUUUAGUAAAUUCUAAGAGAUUUGUCAGCGCUGCCUCUUGGACUAUGUGUGCUGUGCCAAAUAUCUCAACAAAAUAUUCAAAAUUAAAGAUGCAAUCUUGAAACGCGUUUUCCGUUUUGGUGACGCGAUGAUGUAGCCUCUUAAUUUAUGUACUUUGAAUUUUCAACGGUAAAGAGAAACAUUAUAUUGUGUUUCUUAUAUAUUUUCCGAAAGGUUUUAGUAUCAUAGCCAUAACGAACAUACUAAAUUGGUGUGAUACAAAAAAAAAAUUACCUAGAUGCUAUUAAAAAUAUGUUAAAAAAAUUACAUAUUUAUUCGGAAAAGUAUGUAAAUUCUUAGAAUUUGAGACACCGAGGGACCGAAUAAAUACCAAUUUCUACAAAUAUAUCUUUUUUCGCCUAGACUGUGAAUUUUACUUGUACAUGCUAUGCCAUUACAUACUUUUUGUUUAUUAUUAAUUUUAUUUGUAAGUGAUGUGCCAAAUUUUUGUUUAAAUGUUUGAAGUAUGAUCACGGUGUCUAUUAGCCCUGUAACGGACGAACAACACUUUAUUAUAUAGACAGAGAUGAAGACUAACGACCAAAAUGAAAAAUUUAAUAAUAAAAAAGAAUCAAAAACCAAUACUAGGCUGUUCAAUAAGUUUUGCGAUUCGUUAAAACAACAGAAUUUUAUGGUUUAAAAUACACUUUAUUAUUCAGUAUUGGGACCGUGCAAGUUCGGCAAAGCGACACCUGGUUUCUACGCUCAGCAACAUUAUUCGCACUUUUAAUUAUAUUGGCCAAUUAUAUUAGUCCUGGUUACUGGAUAAUUGUCAAGGCCAUAGUCCAAAAAAAUAAUAAGAAGAAAAAUAAGAUUCAGGUUAUGUUAUUAAAACGUAAACAAUUGUAUGUAGUAAAUAAAAUUAGUUAUUACAAUGCAGUACUGCAAGCAAAAUAAAAUUAAUUAAAUUUACCUUUAUAUAAAAAUUGCAUAAUAUCAUAUCAAUAUUGUGGAGCAAUAUAUAAUUUUUCUUCUUCAUUGACAGUAGAUUUGAAAUAUACGUCAAUUUGACAAUUUCAAUUGACAAUGAAUUAUUUAAGAAAGUUACAAUAUUUCUCCGCUAUUUUCGCACGAUAGUUUCUCGUAUCCCCUCCAAGUACUUGCACACCGCGAAUAGUCUCCCUGAAUAUCAAUACACUUGUUCCAGUGAGAUUCCAAUUUAUAAAUUCCACCAUUGAAGUAAGAAUCUGGAAGGGCUGCAAAAUACGCUUCCACAGCUGUUAUGCCCUCGUCAUUUGAUGAACAACGAUUUCCACGCAUGAAUUUUUUAGAUUGAAACAGAUGAAAGUCGCUAGGGGCCAAAUUUGUUGAAUACGGUGGAUGGUCCAACAUUUCGAACUUUUUUCAUGGAUAUUAGCCAUUUUUAAAAUGCUCAUAUGACACGGUGCAUUGUUCUGAUGAAAAAGGAUUGUUGUCUUCUGCAAACCGGGUCUUUUUUCACGAUUCUUCCUUUAGCUGGUCUAAAAGGUUACAAUAAUAUCUAUAGUCCGUCUAGAAAGUAUCCGGAAAAAAGAAAGCAGAAUUAUAAUUUUACGGUAUUUAUUUCUAUAACUUGAAAUAUAAAAUUUCAACAAAUAAUUCAUCUCAUUUACUUAUACAACCUGCAUUUAAAUCUAAACACUUAACGUCUAGGUACACCCGAAACUAGGUCAAGGCCAUAAUUUUCGGUAACGGUGUUCCAGGUCUGUAAAACUGACCGAAUCAAACCUUCUUUAUCUCUUGGCGCUGCUCGUUCCACUUCAAUCUUCAUCAGUCCCCAUAUGUUAUCAAUGGGGCUAAGAUCUGGAGAUGCUGGCCACGGAAUUGUUGCCAAUUCGUAUUCUUGUAUCCAAGCUUGAGUAUAAGCAGAAGUAUGGCAUCUUGCAUUAUCUUGCUGAAAACGCCACCCCUCUGGAUAUAAAACAUGAGCCGUUUCAAGAAGAAAACCAUUUAGGAUGUCACAAUAUUUCGCACUGUACCAUUAACUAUACAGAGAGGUAUAGCACCUCGCUGAGAUAUUGCUCCCCAAACCAUUAUUUUAGUGGGAAAUUUGAUCGGUAACAUUUUCUCUUGAUAGGACUUCUAGAUGAUUUGCACCAAGCUGGAAACAACUUUCAUCGGAUAUAAAGUGCUGUAAUGGAUGGCCUGUAAACAAAAAAUGCAUUAACAGAUUGAAAUGAAACUUCACACAAGUUCAUAUGAUGAGUGUACCAACAUAACAAAAUAAAAUUGGGCUAAUAGGAGCGCCGUAUCUUAUCGAACAGUAAAACAUAUUGAACAGCCUAGUAUAGAUGAAGUAUAUUGACACACGUGAAAUUACGUAAAUAGACUAAAAAAUUUAGAAAAUAAAAUAUUUUUGUAUAUUUAUUGUGGUGACUUUAAAUAUAAUAUCUAUGGAAUCAACUCUUUUACCAUACCAGAGGUUAUUAUAAAGAAAAAUAAAAAAUUUAUAAAUUUCUUGAAAACGUAGACGUAGACAUAGACAUUAAGAAUUAAAGUGACGAGUCAAUAAAUGAUUAGGAUAUCUGUUUUGACAUUUUUCAUUGGACCUUUGAUGGUCUUUUUGAGAAAAAUGAUGAAUUUUUAUUUUUAACUAUGCACACAACACAAUUUAAAAGCACUGUAACUUGAAUGCAGCUUACUGUUUGGGAGAUCACACAGCACUGACAACUAGAGUCAACAAGGGUCAGUUUAAAUAUAUAUUUUUUAUAUUUCAAGAAAUAAGUAAAAAUAAAGCAGAAUUUGUAAACAAAAAUCUUAUGUAAUAGACUAUUUUUGAUUUCAGCUCCCGGACCGAACCAUGGCCGGUGAGAGAAAUCCUGUCUGCGUAAAGUUUAGGUGGUAGUAGAGGAUCCGAUAUAAGGUCGAUUUGCACCGAUCUGUUUAAUGGAUAAAAAUGAUUGGAUAUGUAAUUUAGCAUGUUAACAAUUACAAAAAACAAGGGUUGCCCGAUCUAAUCUUGCUCUAAUUAUAAUUAAUUAAUACAAUAGAACCUAGGUAUAACGAAUCUGAAGGGUCCGAAAAAAAAUUGUUAUAUAUCGGGAAUUUUUCAAUCUCGGGGUUCGUUAUAUCGAGGUUAAAUGCGGCCAAUAUUCGUUAAAAAGGGGUUCUUAAAGCUGAAUUCAAACCUCUAUAUAACGAAUUUCUCAUCGCUUAAUCAUGUUAAAAAGCCCUGUCCCAUCAGCAUUGUAUCCACGGGUCAAGUCUAGCAAUUUAGCUUUCCAAUUUUCGCAAGUUUCAUCAUCCACGGCAGCACUUUCGCCACAAAUUUUUUGAAACUAAUUUCGUGCAUCUUUUUGAACCGAUCCAACCAGCCAUUACAGGCUCUAAAGUCUGCGUGACCUAAUUGUUCUGCAAACUGUUGAGCCUUUUCUUGGAGUAUGGGACCUCCAACGGGUAAAUUUUGAUCCCGGCACUGUUUAAACCACUUAAUAACAGCUUUUUCGACAUCCUGUAGUUCACUUUCCAUCAAGGGUGGGGGCGGGAAGCAGGUCCGAUUGUUUUCAUGUCUGGACUUGUCUGUGAGUUGCCACUAUCUAUACUCAACUACGCUAAACCGAGGUUUGAAACAGAGAAAUACGUAAUACAGGGGUUAUGUGCGUUAGGUAGGGGUUUGCUACACUCAAUAUUCAUUAUACAGGCGUUUUAAUUUAUCUCCGCAAAUCGUAAAAAUUCGUUAUAUCGAGGGUUAAAAUCAAAAUAGUUCUUUAUAUAGGGGUAUUAUUUACAUUGAGUGUUAUGGACGUUUGAAGGGGAUUUAAAAAAAUUCGUUAUAUCGGGACUCCACUGUAAUUAAAAAAUGACAUUUUUUUUAUAAAUUUAAAAAUAAUUUUUUUGAUCCGGGCAGAUAUUAUUUCAGAUUGUUUGGAUCAUUCUAAACAAAUAAGGUCUUUUGUAAUUUUUCUCUAAAGUUGAUCGUUUUCGAGUUAUAAACAAUUUAAAACUGAAAAAAGAACGAAAGAUGACAAUUUUCAAGGCUCAAAAACACAAGUAAAAAGUAUCAUUAUUGUAAGCAACAAGUACAUAAAUUCAAGUUCAAACCUUUUUCUAUCAGGUCUCGAUAAGAAUUAUAGUCAUGUUUUAUUCUAAAACAUAUUUUUUUAAUUGUUAAUGAGGAAUGUUUCUUAUGGGGAGACAACUAAAAAACAAUGUUUCAGAAUAAAAUAAAUUCAAAUGAUUUACCAAGAACUGAGAGAAUAAGGUUUGAACUUGAAUUUGGGUACUUUGUAAUUUCAUAAAUUAUAUUUUAUACUUAUGUUUUUGAGCCUUGAAAAGCGUCAUCUUUCGUUAUUUUUUCAGUUUUAAAUUGUUUAUAACUAGAAAACGAUCAACUUUAGAGAAAAAUUACAAAAGACCUUUUUUGUUUAGAAUGACCUAAACAAUCUAAAAUAAUAUCUGCCCGGGUCGAAUUUUUUUUUUAUUUAUAAAAAAAUGUAAUUUUUUAAUUAUUAAUUAAUUAUAAUUAGAGCAAGAUUAGAUCGGGCAACCCUUGUUUUUUGUAAUUGUUAACAUGCUAAAUUACAUAUCCAAUAAUUAUUAUCCAUUAAACAGAUCGGUGCAAAUCGACCUUAUAUCGUAUCUUAGACUAUGGGUAUAAUACCGACGACAGCGUUUGUCAUCGGCCAUGGUUCAUUCCAGGAGCUGUACAUAUUUGAAUUCUACUGCUCAAAAUAAACAAGAAAUAGUUUGGGACAAAUCAUGGAUGUUUCCAGGGUAAUUUUUAAAAAAAUUUAGUGUCACUGAAGCAGUGGGUAUAUAUUCUAGUUUAUUUUUGUCGACAUUCUUUCAUUUGCACUCUUUAUAGCCAUAAAUAUGUGUCCACUAGGUCGUGAAAUGAUUGGUCUCACUCGUCCGAUGCAGGGCUAAAAAUGUACAUGACAACUAUUUAAAAUAUCCUCCGUUGAAGACUGUCUUUUUAUAUAGGGUUUUUAAGGUUACAAGACUGACAAAAUCAUUUUUUUUUCAUGUAACAAAUCACUAUAUAGAGAGUUUUCAAAUGCGUUUAAACAUAUACUAUUGUAUGACCAAGAGAUAAACUUUUCUAAUCACCAAUGAUCUUCUUACACGAGAAUAGCUUGAAAACGUUGUGUUGCAAAAUAUAUUGUGGCUGUAAACAAGCAAUUUUAUUUAACCCAGCCUGUGAGAUAUAUUCACCCCUUAAAAAUGACAUUCGGGUGUAACAAUUCAUUGGAGCGAGGUGUAUUAACUCGUGUAUAUCUCGAUUUAUAUAAUUUUAGUAAAUUGUAUUUGUUAUUGUUUUUAUUUAUGAUUCUUGUAAGCUUUGUCUAUAAAAUUGUUAAAUUUUUCAUGACAAUAAAGCAUAUUUAUAAGUACAGGAAUCACUCCACCUCGCUCCAAUGCUCCAGACCAUCCCUUUUCCCCUUAUAGCACUCUGAUGCGCGAUAGGGGUACAACUAUCAUCCAAAUGCUCUUCAUGUGGGAGUCCUGGGUAAUAGAACUCCAACAUUCAGGCCAGCGUGAGGCGCUUUAUUCCUGUUAUCCUCUUUAUUGUGGCUGUAACGGACGCCUGACAGAUAUAAAUAGCGGCGCAAUGUUAUUUUGAAUACAAUACAGGGUGCAGCAUUAGUGUGAGAAAGUCUAAAUUUCUUAUCGCCUUUUCUAUUGACUUAUCCAGUAUGGAGGCCAGUAAAUUUUCUAUUUUUCAAGUGCUUUUUGGCUUCGUUUCAUGGGGUAGAUAUUCUAUUUUCUUCUAAUGUUUUAUAAAUGGCACAUAAAAUCCGAUGCACUUUUCUUAAUUUUUUAAGCAAAUCACUUAUUUCUGGUGGGAAGUUGUAUAAAUAUAAUGUUUCUAAAGCGUGUUACAGUGUUUCUUUGCGAUAUGCCUAUUACGCACCUUAAUGUUUAAAUGCCUAUACGCAAAAAAAUAUUGCCUACUAGAUUAAAAAAUACAGUUAUAUUAAAUAGUUGUCAUUUUAUGUUCAGUGUAAAUAAAAUCUGUAUAUAUUUAUUAUCGUAGUCGAAAUAGAUCGUUGCACACAUUUUUAUAAAUUACCAUUUAAUAUUCUGAGUAAAAUAUAUGUACCCUUUUUAA